AGGUAUAUGUGAUUUUUUGUGUCUUGCCGUAUAGUACAAGUGAACCGGGUGCUAGAUCUUAGAAUUUCUCCCUAUCAAGAGCAGGGAAAAUGAUUAUGUACAACAAAAUGGCAAAACUGGGCCAAAAAGAAAGAAGUCCAAAAAAACCAAGAGAGAAGUGAAAAAACCAAGUGUGCCGGCUUGUUUAAAGCACUUCUAUUAAAACCCGCGCAGCCGCUCCUCAACGUUCUUCUCCUAAGUCCAGUGACUGACGGCUGUGGCAUUUCAUCAAACACCUUACCUGCACUUCCGAACCCCCCACCCCGUCCGCUAUGAAUAUCCAGAGCAUGCUAUCUUCUUCCUCAAGGUGCUUGCGAUGCUACAUAGCAGCAGCAGCAGCAUCAGACGUACGCGCUCUCACUUUCCUCCCCAACUCCGCUCCAAUUCGGCGCCCGAAUCACAACCCCCCGCCAUUCUCCACCUCAGUCGAUCCGCCAUUGUUUUCCACCGCAACCAGAUUCAUCAGCAGCUCUCGGACCUCUUCUUCCCCAGAGCAAGAAGCUACCCUGAAUCAAAUUCUUUCCUCCAUACAAAACGCCGCCACGUUACUCGAAUCCUUGUACGAAAACCGCCUUUUCCUCAGCCCCAAAUCGUUCAACAGCGUGCUGGUUGCGGCCGCCGCCGAAAGCGGCGACCUUUCCCUCCUAUCUCAGCUUCUUCAGGUCGCAAUCGCGUCUUCUCAACCUUUAAAUUCUGCUUGUUUUCUCACUGUCGCCAAAGCUUUCGCAAAGUCGGAUGAUUGCGCGGAGCUGCUCAGAUUAACCAAGCAGGUAAUGGAGCUCACCGCUCCCAGCAUGACAGUCAUAAACAGGAUUCUCUUUGCUUUUGGCGAAUGCGGAGAGACUGAGAAGGCGCUCCUGAUCUUUUCCCAGAUGAAAACUCUUGCUUUCGUGCCCGAUUUGUACACCCACAACACUGUUUUAGAGAUUUUAGGAUGUGCCGGUAGGAUUGAUGAAUUGGUGGGUCAGUUCGGGGUUAUGAAAGAGGCCGGCAUUGUCCCUGAUGUGGUUUCUUACAAUACUGUGUUGAACAAUUUGAGGAAGCUUGGGAAAUUCGAUGUGUGUUUGUUUUACUUCAAGGAAAUGGGUGAAAAUGGAGUGGAGGCAGAUUUGCUUACUUAUACUGCAGUGAUUGAGAGCCUGGGAAGAUCAGGAAAUGUUGAGGAGGCAUUGAGAUUCUUCGAUGAGAUGAAGGCGAGGGAGAUUCGUCCUUCCCUGUAUGUUUAUCGGUCGCUGAUCACGAACCUGAAGAAGAUGGGGAAGGUGGACUUGGCAUUGAGUUUAACGGAGGAGAUGAAUUCGUGUGAUUCGGAGCUUGCUGGUCCAAUGGAUUUCAAACGUAAUAAACGGUUGUAAAUAGUUAUAAGCUGGAGAUACCUUCUGGUUUUCGAUUUGUAGGUCUCUUGUUAUUGCCAUUUGAUGUAGUUGUAUGGUGAUUUAAAUCUGCUAUUCACUUUGUUUGCCCAGUUUUGAAAUGAUUUGUAUCAAACAUGAUUUGAAUUCAACAGUUUUUCUUCGAGCAAA